GGUUAUAAAUUCUCAAGAUGCUAUAAAUAGAAAUUAAUUUGACAAUUUCUUGAAAUAGUGUUGCUUCGCUUUGCCUUCCAUAGUAAGCACAGCAACAUUUUUUUAAUUUUGUCGUCGAUUGUUAUUUCUUGGAUAUUGAAAUGUAUUCAUGAAUUUUUGAUUGUGAAAUAGUGUGUAUGCCAUAUCGUGGCUGCAGGUAAAUUUUGUGAAAUGAGUGAAGAGAUUAACAAUUUGGAAAUGACGAGUACAGAAGCGGAUUCUUCUCAACACGGACAUGAAGCAACAUGCAGCACCAACUCUGAGGAUGCAACGUCCAGUAGCGCAUCAACAGGGCCGGAAGGCCAGGCGUCUCGGCAAUCAAACCUGCAGAGGAUACAGCAACGAAAGCAGCAGGUGUACAACUGGCCGCACAAUAAGAAGCUGCUGAAGCUGGCCAUUUACUCCGCAUGCCAGACUCCAGAUUGCAACUGCAAUGGUUGGAAAACUCCGGUGCCACAGCAGGCCGGCAAGGGCAACCAGCGAUCCGACAACCUGCCUCUGGCCAGCUUCACGGACCCCUGCCGCAAUUGCAACCACAUAUUAGAGAAACAUGUAACCCAGCUGCAAGGCCUGCCUGUGUCGGAUGUGAACCGCCUGCUGGGAGCCGUGGUGGACGUGGAGAACAUCUUCAUGUCCAUGCACCGGGAGGACGACCAUGACACCAAGAGGGUCUACUAUUAUCUAUUCAAGCUCCUACGCAAAUGUAUCCUGACCAGGACUCCGCCCCGCAUCGAAGGCCCUCUAGGACAACCUCCCUUCGAGCGGCCCUCCAUUGCGAAAGCCAUCACCAACUUCGUUCUGUACAAGUUCCAAGCGUUACCGCAGAGAGAAUGGCAGACCAUGUACGACUUGGCUAAGAUGUUCCUGCAUUGCUUCAACCAUUGGAACUUCGAGACGCCCAGUGUUAGGAAACUGCAAGUAUCAAAUCCCGAGGACAUAUCUGCGUACCAAAUUAAUUAUACAAGAUGGCUAGUGUUCUGCCACGUGCCGGCGUUCUGCGACUCGCUGCCGCACUACGAGACGUCGCUGGUGUUCGGGCGGGCGCUGCUGCGCGCCGUGUUCAAGUCCGUGUGCCGCCAGCUCAUGGAGAAGUGCCACUCGGAGCGCGACCGCAUGCCGCCGGAGAAGCGGGUGCUGGUCCUCACACACUUCCCUCGGUUCCUGGCGUUGCUGGAGGAGGAGAUCUACAGCGCCAACUCUCCGAUCUGGGACCCCGAGUACAAGCAGCAGCCGCCGACGCAUCUACAGGCGAUAUUGGACAAUAAAACACCAAAUCGCCGCGGUGAAUUCGAACGAGUGACCACCAGCGGUGAUAGUAAAGAUGGUUUCACCACCGUGUCUUUGUCGUCGGGCACGGUAAAGCAAGAAGGCCUAAAACGCGGGGCGGAGCCUCGCAGCGGCGACGCCCCCGCCGGCGCCAAGCGGCGGCGCGCGGGGCCUGGGGCGGGGGGCGCGGGGGCGGGGGCGGGGCUCGGGGCGGGGGCGGGGGCGGGCGGGGACGUCAGCGACCACACCGUCGCGGAGAUCGUGGCCACCAUCGACGACCCCAACUACAUGUGCGGCCCUGAUGCACUGUUCCAAAUGCAAGCGCCCCGCGACGAAGCGGCCAAGUCCGAGGAGCAGAGGAAGAUGAUAGAGUUCCACGUGAUCGGGAACUCCCUCACGGGACCCGUCAACAAACAGACCAUGCUCUGGCUCAUAGGCUUGCACAACGUGUUCUCCCACCAGUUACCUGAAAUGACCAAAGAGUACAUAUCGCAGUUGGUUUUCGAUCCGAAACACAAAACGUUGGCUCUAAUCAAAGAGGGUCGUCCGAUUGGCGGCAUAUGCUUCAGGACCUUCCGCUCACAGGGUUUCAGUGAAAUAGUAUUCUGCGCGGUGACAUCCAACGAGCAAGUGAAGGGGUACGGAACCCACCUCAUGAACCACCUUAAGGACCACCACAUAAGGAACAACAUUCUGCACUUCCUCACAUUCGCGGACGAGUUCGCUAUAGGCUACUUCAAAAAGCAAGGGUUCAGCAAGGACAUCAAAUUACCUCGCGCGAUGUACCAAGGCUACAUAAAGGACUACGAGGGCGCCACUCUGAUGCAUUGCGAACUCAACCCGCGCAUUGUCUACACGCGAUUCACCGGCGUCAUACGACGGCAGAAGGAGAUUGUGAAAAAAUUAAUAGACAUGCGACAGAAGGAAGUUAGAAAAAUUCACCCCGGCCUCACCUGUUUCAAAGAAGGGGUGCGCAGCAUCCCGGUGGAGUCGAUCCCGGGGCUGCGCGAGACGGGCUGGCGGGGCGCCGCGCGCGCGCCCGCCGCCGACGCCGAGCCCGACCCCGCCGCGCUGCGGGCCGUGCUGCAUGCGGUAAGGAACCACGCGGCCGCGUGGCCAUUCCUUAAACCUGUGGACAAAGCUGAAGUACCGGAUUAUUACGACCACAUCAAAUACCCCAUGGAUCUGCGAACGAUGGGCGAGCGACUAAAGUCGCGAUACUACGUGUCCAAGCGGCUGUUCAUCGCCGACAUGACGAGGAUAUUCACUAACUGCCGGCUGUACAACUCGCCGGACACUGAUUACUAUAGAUGCGCGAACACCUUAGAGAAAUAUUUCCAGACCAAGGUGAAGGAGGCCGGCCUGUGGGACAAAUGAUCCAAGUUCAAUUUCGACGAGUUCUUCGUGAGAGAAGUCGCGGGCUACAUAGCACAAAAUUGAUAAUUGUUGAAACUAGAUAAUUUUUUUUAGCCGUCUUGUUGAGACUGAUUUUUCUUUUACUGUUAAAUAAGGUUUCUCAUUUGACUAUUAAUUCUUCCACACUAUUGUACUUUUUAUAAAUGUCAAAAUCUGUUGGCCUUUCACGACUAUAAUUGUAUUUUUUAAAAGAUGUUUAAUAUUCUGAAGUCAAACAAGUUGCUUUUUCUGAAAAAUGGGGAAUCCACGGGAAUGGGGCUUUCGGGAAUUUUUUUUUAAACCCGGGCAGAGCUAUUGGCAAAAGCUAGUGUAAAAUAUAGUUAGUAGAUCUUUGCUGUGUGAGUUCCGGUAGCGCAGAAUACACUUCUCUUUGUGUAGUUGUAAAGAACGACUGAAGCGCAAAAUAAUUUCUAAGCCACAUUGGUGUCCAUAAACUAUACCACAACCUUUCACUUAGGCAUUAAAGCUAACAACUGAAAAUGCUGUAUGCUAUCACUAAAAGAAAAUGACCACCGAUAAUGUUAACCGAUUCCUUGUUCAUGAAAUAUACAAUAGUUUUAACAAUUGAUUUGUUUGUAUGUGAUUCAUCGGUCAGGGAACGUGUUAUAGCUGUAAAAUAGCUAUGUUGGAAAAGAGGUGUUAUAUAUUAAUAAGAAUUAAGCAUAAUUUAGAUAAUUUUUUUUGCUUGUGAUAUAUAGGGAAAGUAUUUUAUUAUUUGUAUUCUAAAGGAACGAUGAUAGUCGUAUGGAGAGGGAAUACACCGUGAGGAAACAUGGCACACUUAAACUGCUGAAUGUGUCACCAAGUUGAAAUAUGGUUGCGGAGGUCAGGCGGGAGUCGCUUCAUGUAUCCUGACUUAACCAAUCCAGGAUCUUGAUUAAUGACGCACCCUGGGUUCCUUUCCAGGGUAGUGAGGAUGUAACCUCAAAUCAAAAAGUUUAAAAAUACAGUAAUUUACGAUUUGUGAUUGUAUUGUAAUGGGAUUACAUUGCGUUUAGAUUAAGUUUACAGGAAUUUCCUUUGCUACCAAGUCGGUGCUGUCAUAAUAUGUAUACGCAUUUUGUCUUCUUUUAAAGUUAAAAUAAAGACAGUAAGAAGCUAAAUAAAUCAUUAAAUAAAAUGGGUUCCGAUUUUUGUCUUAUAUUGUUACACCAAAACGUCAUGUAAGUUACUAAAAUGUAAUUAUUAUGCUGAAUCACAAUCAACUCGUGUUAUGUCGAGUAUUUACGUACUGAAUGUACAUAGCUUUGGAAUAUAUUUUUUUCAAAAAAUUCUUGUUUUUCAUUUCCUCUUCUAGCCUUUUUGCACAGAAAUAUGAUUUUAGAUACUUACAUAUAAAAGGCACACCCCGGGCUUGUUUGAAUUAUUUAUGGCGCGAAAACAUGAUUGGUUGAGCCUAUGAGGGUGCGCCAUUAAAACUCGCGAACUGUUCGCUAUUAAAGCAGGAGACAUUUUGUUUUUGGAUUUAAGUAUCUUAAUAAUAAGGUCGUUAUUUUAUUGAGUUUUCAUUCGAUUUGAUUCACCGGUGAUUUGGUUCACUAGUUAAUUUGGGGUAAUUUCCACAAAGGUUGUAUA